UUUUGCCCCAACCCCAUUGAUGAUUGAAACUCUCUCCGACAUUAUUUUGUUCAUUCGCCUCAAUAUCGACGGCAGACUGAAGAGCAAAAUGAACGCUGUGACCUCCUCUCCGCACGACUUCCUGGAAGACAACGCCGGCGUCGGAAGCGACUCCGAAACCAAUACGGAUGAGCUGCCUGAGUACUACCAACCUAUCUCCGCUGAAGCCGGUGAGGAUGAAGAAGAAUUGGACCUCUUCGAUCAGCAAAACUCCAACUCCGACGACGACAGUGGGAGCGAUCAUCGCUUACCUAACGGUUACGUGCAUUGUAUGGAAAACGGAGUUUCAUCUCUCGAUCUAAGCAGCGACGAUGAAGGCGAACGUGAGCAGAAGGAAGUGGAAGAAGAUGAGGAAUUAAGAAUGAGAGAGGCGUCUGAUGUGGCAAUACAGAGAGCUUUCAGGGAGGACGAGAACCGUCGGACCGCGCCCUUGACGCCUGAGAAUGCCGUCAGAGUGAUGGAGGCCAUGCGCGGCGUUUCGUUCGCCGGACUGUCUCCGGAUUGGGCUUGCCGGAUUCCCGAAGAUCAGUGGAUCGAUCAGCUUAGGCAAAUCAGACGGCCACCUCCGGCUGGUUCCACAGUUGAAGAUUGAAUUUAUUACACUAAAAUUUCAUCUAGUCCACUUUGUCAUUCGUUUAUCAAGUGUUUGAAACAGAAUGAUUAUUCAGAUUGUACUGAUCCAAUGAUGCAUCAGAAGUUUCCCGUAAUACGUU